CGGCUCUGUCCCAGUAUUUCCGUCCCCUCAUCUGCUCUACUUCCCGAUCCGACCCGCCCCCGCAGCCCUAAGACUGACUAGCACGCCCUUAUCGACUCCAACCCCGUCUCGAUUGCAUCAGCACCGCAUGUCCAGGCCAGCUAGCGGGGUUUGUGCCUGACAGCUCCGGUCGCGUCGAUCGUCCCCCGACUUUCUGCUUCUCCCCUCACAACAGCGACACUGUACAGCAUCACCCACCAUGACGCGAUCCGGCCCCAACUCGUUUCAGCAGCUGGAAAAGCUUGGCGAAGGCACCUACGCCACGGUCUUCAAAGGCCGCAACACCCAAACCGGCGAGCUCGUCGCCCUCAAAGAAAUCGCCCUGGACACGGAAGAAGGCACGCCCAGCACCGCGAUCCGCGAAAUCUCACUAAUGAAAGAGCUGCACCACGAAAACAUCCUCCGGCUUCACGACGUCAUCCACGCGGAAUCCAAACUGAUGCUGGUGUUCGAAUACAUGGACAAAGACCUGAAGCGGUACAUGGACACGCACGGGGAACUGUCCGCCGGCGUGAUCAAAUCGUUCGUCUACCAGCUGCUCCAGGGGGUGAGUUACUGCCACGACAACCGGAUCCUGCACCGCGACCUCAAGCCGCAGAACCUGCUGGUGAACGCGCAGGGCCAGCUGAAGCUGGGGGACUUUGGGCUGGCGCGCGCGAUUGGGAUCCCGGUCAAUACGUUCUCGAAUGAGGUGGUGACGCUGUGGUAUCGCGCGCCGGACGUCUUGCUGGGCAGUCGCAGUUAUAGCACCAGUAUUGAUAUGUGGAGUAUUGGGUGCAUUGCGGCGGAGUUGUGGAGGGGGAGGUCGCUGUUUCCCGGGUCGAAUAAUGAGGAUCAGUUGAAGAGGAUCUUUAAGGUUAUGGGGACUCCGUCGGAGAGGUCCUGGCCUGGCGUGAGUAAGUUGCCCGAGUAUAGGGCUGAUUUUCCGGUUUAUGUCCAGCAGGAGUUGAGGGCGUUGGUGCCUAGGGUGGAUCCGUUGGGGUUGGAUCUCGUGGGCAGGAUGUUGAGGGUUAUCCCGGAACGGAGGAUUACAGCCAAGGAGGCCUUGAGGCAUGCUUGGUUUGAGGAUUUGGGGGUGUAGUUGGGUUGCUCGGGGUGGUAAUGUCUGUUGGAUAGUUGGAUGGUUAGUUGUGGGACUGGUGGUGGAGACCCGCAUACGAUUGUGUCUUGUGGAAUAGGAUGAGGAUAUACCUAUAUGGGAUAGGGAUGGGCAGGAUCUCUGUAAACCCUGCUGGGCCACCAGGUUGAGACUCCCCCCUUUGCCACGGCGACCUCUCAUCAACCCUGGAGGGCAUCAAUUCCCCUUGACGCCCACCAAGAAACUCAAAGC